AUGGUAAAAGAUACUCAAAUAUUGGUUAGCCGUUAUCAACAAUACCAGCCACAUCCACCUCAACAAAAUCCGGUGCCCUGCAGCGGCGCCGGAUAUGCUCUUCAGCAUGAGGCUUUUUGGCGUAGUAUUGCCGCUAGUUCGUCGGUUGCACUCGAUAAUCCAAAAGAUGUUCUUCCUAGUCCAGUCUCGUCUAGCAGCGAUGAAGAGGAAACUAUCGCAAGGACCCACAUCUAUAGUUCUAUGGAGAGAAUGAGAAGUGAUGCUUCUUCAGAAUGGUCAAAUAACUCUUCACCACUUCAAUCAUCUUCAUCGGCGACUUCUUACUCUUCAUCAACUUCCGAGAAUUACGUGAGUCACGAUGCAGGCUAUGUGCAAAAAAAACGAAUCAGACUUGAAGAAGAACAAUUUCGUCCGAAAUCCAGAGGCGAAUUAGCCGUAACGAGCAGCGAAAAGAUAAAGGCCUAUUUACUUAUUAGAACUAUGACACCUGAAACUAUGCAAGUUCAAAAUAAUGUUAAUGUUGCAAAAAAUGGUAGGUUUAUCUCUAUGCUGAUAUUAGGCGAGAGAGAUUUGGUUAUACGAUCAUAUGAGUACCCUGUGUUUCGUCAAAAGAAAGGUUUCAAUGGGCUUUCAAUAUGGGUCAAGAUUCUCAUACUUGCUGCUUCUUCUACUGCUAGAGUUCUCGUCUACUAUUUCCGUUUUCACCUAGAAAUGAUUUUGAAUUCAACCCCAGAAUGGACCUUACCUGAAUUUUCAAAAUUGCAGAUUGCUCAGCAAAAUUCGUAUCCCGCUGCAUCGUUGUCAAACUCGAAUUUAAAGUUAGUAUCUCCGCCUCCGAGCGUAAGGAGUCAACUCAAAAAUCAACACAAAAGAUCUCGAUCGCUCUCGGAAGAGGAAGACGAAGAAGUUCGUGCUUUUAUGUCUGCUCAUGAAAGGCAUUGUAAACAUGAUCUUAAGCGACAAGUUAUUGCUACAGCUUCUCUAACACAACAAUUCCAACCACGAACACAAAUUGCACCAACUAUACCUCUCAAAAGUAGCUCGAAUGGAAACCUCAACGCUCUACUGGAACCACCAACAAAUGGUAACGACAACGGAAACAAUAAUGGGAACGCGAAAGAAACCGAUUUUGCAAUUCUCGAUAUAAUUCCUUCAUUAAUUAGCGAAAAAAGCAGAAAAGCAGCAUUUGUUGACAAUCUUGUGGACACGGCAGCGCUGAUUAUCGAAGUUAUUUGGUCCCAUUUUCACAUCAAUCCUGUUGCAAAAAUCAUACCUCUUAAGAUUUUUAUCCAGGAGACACUUCGACGAUCCCGAACCUCUUAUUCUACUCUACAAACUGCUCUUUUUUACCUUUUCCGUAUUAAAUCACAUAUCACCUCACGUGCUUUUCAACUUCCCUCUAAUGGAUCUAGGGACCAGAACAAAUCUUGCCCGAUGACACCUACACCCAAUUCACCGGCCUGUAAAAGAGACAAUAGCGACCCGGCGACAUGCGGUCGUCGCAUGUUUCUAGCAGCGUUGAUUAUUGCAUCAAAAUACCUUCAAGAUCGAAACUACUCUAAUAAGGCGUGGUCGAAGAUUUCCGGACUUCCUGUAAAAGAGAUCAACCAAAACGAGAUUGUAUUUUUGAAAUUGAUUGAUUAUAACCUAUUCAUAAGUGAAGGUAUCUUUAAACGAUGGAGCAGUCUCUUAUUGACACAUAUUCAGGCUAUUUCUGGAUUUUCGGUGAAAAAUGCGGACGCAUUCCGGCAAAUGGAAAAUCAGCGUGAAGUUGAAAGAUUUCGUGAAAAAUUGCAAAAUCUGAAUCCAAAAACUAUGGAAUGUCAACGAAACUGUUUAACUGGUUCCUUAAUGACACCAGAUCCGAGCACCCCUAGUACGCCACGAGGAACUGAAUCAGAAUUUACGUUUAUCACAUCAUCUGUUUCCUCUUGUAAAGAAAUGAGAAAUGUGCAAAAAUUGAGUGGCAUUUUAAACCCACAGGAAAUGAUGCAUACUGAUGAAGUAAAUGGAUCGAGUGUGUCCAGAUGUUCUUCGUCUACAGUUUCUCCAAUCAUCAUUUAUGCACGUCCAGAGUCUCAAUAA